UACCUCCCCUCCAUUUUUUUCAUUCUUUUCGCCAAUGCGAGCUUAACUCAUUUUCAUAUUAGCCCCUAUAGUUCAUCUAAAUUACACUUCGACCACUCUGGUUAUGUUCACUGCCCUUCGCCGGGAAACUGAGAGCCACCUCUCUGUGCCUGCUCUCGGCUUCCCUCGCCCCAGAUUCUUCCGCUACCGCCGCCUCAGGUAACCAAACAAAAAAAUCUAUACUUACGCAUAAAUAUAUAGUACGGUAUACUCAUACGAUACGAUAAUGCCUUCUCCGAGAAGUCACCGGAAAGGUACUGACGAGAAGAAUCGAAAAGGAAAGUUAUCGGAGAAAUCCAUGUCUUUUCACGGACAAAGCUCGGAGAGCACAACGGAGUUGCUGCGAAGGCCUCGAACCGUACCGGAUUUGCUCGCCGCCGGUAGACUUACUGCCGGAAAUUCGCUGGAAGUGAAGGAUCGGCUGAAGUUGACGAAGUUACUGUUGAAUGUGACGAUUCAGAGGAGUCUCGGUCCUGUACAUGUUUUAAUAUCGCUCGAAUCGACGGUUCAGGACCUUAUUGCCGCUACUAUUCGACAGUACACGAAGGAAGGACGGCGGCCGGUACUUACCUCUGGCAAUCCUGCCGAUUACGGUCUUCAUUACUCGCAGUUCAGCUUAGAAAGUUUGAACAGGGAGGAGAAGCUGAUGGGAUUAGGUUCAAGGAAUUUCUUUUUAUGCCCAAAAAAGUCAAAUGCUGAAAGUGCUGUGGAAGGUACGGUAACGACGUCGUCUUCUAGUUCUAGCUGUGCAAAGCAAGCUGAUACAGCUACUGCUAGUGCUACCAAGAUAUCCUUGCCUUGGCUCAAAUUCAUGGAUUUCUUGCUGUGAGAAAACUUUCACAGUCUGGAUAUUAGUGAUUUUUUAAUUAUGGCAUCUCGACGCAGGUUGGCGCUAGAAGUUCGAGAUUAUUGUAUAGAACAUAUUAUACGAUAGAUGGAAGUUAGAGAGGUGAUUAAUUAAGAUUUAAGACCACCUCAAAAUUUAGAAUAAUGUUUACCUAUUAGAUUUAAAAUCUUUAUAGAGUAACAUAGAUUUAUUUAUGUUCCUUGGUACUGUGUUUUAUAUGUUUGCACAUUACAUACCUAUUUAAGGGCAACUAUUUUCCUUUCGACCUUGACGCUGCAGUAUGGUACCAUCUUGGGACCCGGGGCAAACCAGGAUUUUCAGGUCAAAAUAUAAAGAAGUAAAUUUAUGAAGAAGUCAAUAGGUGUUAAUAUAUAUACUAUAAUGUACUGCUUGAGACAAUUCAAUAAGUUUAUUAAGAAUUUGCAGAAAACUCAGA